AUGUCAUCAUUAAAAACCAACGUAAUAAAGAAUACUGGCGAUACAACAUCGAAUAAUCGAACUGAUGACCGUGUCACUGGAGCUCUAUUAUUCGGUGCCGCAUUCAUCACACGUUUAACGCUGUUCCUGUUCCCGAAUAUUACCCAGAAACUUGGAAGUCGAGUGGAGAUUAUCACUCCGGUAACCAGUUUUACCCGACUGACUGAAGGCCUCUAUUUAUUUGCUAAUGGAGUCCCGCCGUAUGACGGUGGCGUCUUUCAUCAACCGCCACUUUUCCUAGCAUGUUUUCAAUUGCUUAGCUAUCUUCCAAGUUUCUCUAUACAAUUGGCAUAUAUAAUAACAGAUCUAUUGUUGGCUUAUCUAUUGGCAAACAUUUCCCGGAUAAAACAACAACUAUAUAAAGAUUAUCCGCGGCUGGACAUAGAAUUAAAAGCGGGAAAACCCAUAGAAAUCGAUCCAUGGAUUAUUUCUGGAUUAUAUCUGUUUAAUCCAUUAACGAUUGCAUCGUGUCUUUCACAGUCGACAAUCAUAUUCACCAAUUUGUCAAUCGUUCUCGGGACUUAUUAUUCACUAAAGAAUAAUAAGAGCUAUGGAAUGUUUUGGAUUGCUAUGGCAACAUAUUUAAGUUUUUAUCCAUUGAUGUUGCUUAUCCCCACAACCCUUAUGUUUACCAACAAUGCCAAGCUUGAUAAAAAGAAAAUAAAGAAUGAGAUUUAUAGUUGUGCAGGCUUAUAUGUUGGAUGGUUAGGGGGACUACUGGUCUUAUCUUAUUUGCUGGUGGAUUCCUGGGAUUUUCUAAAAGCCACAUAUGGAGUGAUGUAA